UCUAACCCAGCCGAUCUUCCAUCAACUUCGGCCCCCUACUUAAUACCAAUUCCUGAACGUAAACGCCGACGAAGGCUUGUAAAGACUGCCGAAAUGGUUCGCCCAAGGCCUGUCGUCCAAGACCUUCUCGCCGACCUUCCAACUGAUGCCGAAGCUGUACCAACGCAAUCAAUGCUUCCACCCAAACCAAAGAGAGUAAAAAAGGUUCAGCCUAAGGCCAAGGCUACAGAUGCCGAAGCUGAGGAUACUGUGCCUAUUUCAAAGCUGGCAGAAAGCAGGAAAUCAGCCUCUGUCUCCACCAAGAGGUCAGCUGAGGGUCAACCCUCAGGGUCUACACAAACAAAGCGGCCAAGGUCAUCGUCUGCGACGACCUCGGCUUCAAAGAAGCCCGACGUCCCAUGGGCCCCUGAUCUAUCUCUGGAGGACAGGCCCAUUAUGGCUAGCGAGAGUGCUGACGACAUUAAUGUUGCUGUCGCUCUUAGCACUGCUCUCCUCCUACCGAAUGACUUGGAGCGAAAUGCCAGUUUUAGUGAGUAUGAAAAUUAUGCUCUUAUGCUCCAACACUCCGCUCAAGUAAGUAUUUCUGUUUGUAUUUAUGUUUCUUCCUUCUUUUUCUUUCUGAGAAAAUUUUCUGAUACUUCUGUUUUCAUUCAGGCUAUCCAACAUGCCCAUUCAUUUUCAAUGCAAUCCUUUGAAAAUCGUCAAAGAUUGGUUGAUAUGAAGAGGGAAGCAACUUCAAUGAAGAGAGAAUUAAGGGCCCUUGAAGUAAAAAUGAAAAAACUAGAGGAUCAAGCCGAGGCUGCAACGAAGAACCAAACCUUAGCUCUUGAAAAGGCCGAAGCUGCUGAAGCCGUUAAAAAAGUAGCUGAAGCCGAGAAAAGGGAGGCCGAGGCUCAGAAGGUCCAAGCGCAAAAAGAACUUCAACAAGCUCUGGCCACCAAGGAGGCCGAAGUCAAAGAGGUCGAUGAAAAGGCCUAUGCUCAAGGCAUGGCCGACGUCGCAGAAGACUACAAGCUUCAAGUCGGGCAGGCAUGCAACAGGGGAUUUUCCCUUGGUUGGAUGUCCCUGGUAAAGAAGCUUGAUCUUCCUGUUGACUCGCCAUUGCGCCAGGCCGACGCUAUUCCUUUACCAUUUCCUCCUCCAAGUCAGACUGAAGACGAAUCAGAGACCGAGGUAGAGGCUGAGGGUGAGGACGAAGAGAAAAAUGAUGAGGAAGCCUUAGUGAGGAAACCCAAGAAUGGUGCCGAGGUCAGGUCCCCUCCUCCUGCUGGGCAAGUUAUGGAUUUAACCUUGGAUGAGGAGGGUGAUGAGGUUGAGGGGGUAAUCCAGGAAAUUGCCGCUGGGCAGCUAUCGUCUGAUCUUCUAUUGGCAGAAAGAAGUGUGGAGAAUACAAUCGCGGAGAUUGACGCCGAGAUACAGGCGGAAAAAGUAGCCGACGAGGUACCACCGGAGUCGUCCGAGGUCCCAGUCUCUGUAGUGGCUAACACUGAAGAAUCUUGAAAAAAUUGUCUUUUGUACUUUUUUCCUUCUUUCUACUGUUUUUUGCGCUUUGUACUUUCUUACUUUCUGGAUAAUGUAAAAAUUCUUUCUUUUGGCCGA